CUCUGCCAUUUCUUUUUCAUGCGAGAGGCCUGAGUAGCUUAAGAACUGUUUAUACCCCCAGCUCCCAUGAAUGAUUUAAAAAGACAUUCUUGCUCAGUUGUCCCGUUGCCCUGCAGAUCAUCCAGCCAAAACAAUGGUCUGAGCUUGUAGGGUUGAAGGAUGUAGGAAAUGGCGUCCCAGCCCAUGACUCACAGCCUCCCGCCCGCUGCCCACCGUGACGUAGGUCCUACACAGGCACUAGCGACGCCGUCCUAAUCACGGAAAUAUUUCGUUUUCCCUGUUACGUUGGGUCUUUUCCCGAAGAAAAGGCCACCUACGUAGUACUUUGGAAUGGUUUUAAUGGCUUAUUCUGCAUCCAGUUUCCUGAACCAAGUGUGAGCCUCGUAGUGGCGGACCGGAGCAGUACCCGGAUGAGACUGUCAUGGCCGCGAUCGUUGACCUGCGAAAGUGAGGAGGAAAAGAAAGGUAACCGCUUGUUUAUCACGGCGAAACGAGCUGCUUCGUAACACACACAGCGGGUUGAGGAAUACAGUUUAAUGUGCGGCGGACGGGGACCGGGAGGACGGUGUUGGUGGUGUAUGUUCGAGGAGGUGGAGAUUCCUGCAGUGGUGAAGCGAUGGAGCAAGACCUUUCAACGGCUGACCACCCUUCACUAAACGACAACACUUCUAAAACGGAAGAAGAAAGCAAUGAGAUGAAAGACUUUGUUUACAAGCAUUUACGAGUAGUUACUGAACAAUCGAAUGGGACACUCCAAUGCAAGCCUGAUGACUACGCAAUAGAGGAGACUUCAACUCGCAAAACUCUAAAAGUGAUUAGGAAAUCACGUAAAAACACACAGGGCGCUGUUUUCACAGGAAAUAUUCUGAGCUUCAGCUGUUCCGUGUGUAAAGAUGAUUUUACAUACAGUCCCAAUGACCUCCUUAAGCAUUUUAAAAAGUCUCAUAAGGACAGCCUUCCUUCGUAUCCUUGUGAUCUGUGUAGCUUCGUCACAAAUGAAUUCCCUGAUCUUCAGCGCCAUCGGAUUGGACACAGAAAUACCCUGGUUACAUGUGAGAUCUGCAAUAACAAAGUUCAGUACUCUCUGUUAAUGCUCACCAGGCACUACAUCAUGUGCCACAGUUUGAACGGGCGCUUUCAGUGUGAAAAGUGUGAGUUUAAAACUCUGGAUGCAGGCACAUUUGUCCAGCACAUUCACCAUCAUAACGAGGGACGCUUCAAAUGUUUAAAAUGCCCCCAUGUGAGCUUGAACAAAGACGAAUACCAGAGACACUUGAAUGUUCACGCAAGUAAACUCUCAUUCAAUUGUCCAAUAUGUGGCUAUGUUUCAGAGAGGAUUGAUUUUUUCAAAAACCACAUGAAUAAUACUCAUGGUGAAGUGACCGAAGAUUGGAUAAAUGGGCCGAGAGCUCAAGAGGAUGAGGCCACAGCAAAUUCAUCUGCAGCUAUUAAACUAAAAGAAGACUCAAGGAGUUCUCGAAGGUUAUCAAAACGGAAUUGUGUCUCUGGGAAAUUGAUCAAAGAUGUACAUUUGUUAAAACCUGAAAAGAGUUCAGAAGAGACACUGCAGUUUGACAAGUUGGCAGCGAAAAAGAACAAAAAUGGCAGCAAAAGCCAUAAUGCUACAGAACAGCAGGCUGCCAGUGAAUCAAAACCACCAAUACAAUUAAUCAUGCCAGAUUGUGGGAACUCUUUAGAGACGAGUCAAAAUAACCCCAAUGGACUUGUUAUCAAGCUUAAAAACAAAAUAUCUAUACCCCCGAAUUGCACCACUAAAGUAAUUGGUUUCAAGGUGGUUGAUGGCAAAAAGCAUUUGGUUCUCAAAGUCCUGCCAGCUUCAAAAGUAGAUUUGCCCACAGAGGAUCAUUCUCAAACAAAAGACUUUGUAGGAAAUAUACGAACAUGCAACAGCGAGGGUUUGACAAACCCUCGCUGUACUUCUUCGGAAAACAUCAGUGCUUCUACACACGUUUUUCAGGAUGAUAUUGUGGCAGUAAAAGUUAAGGUUGAGGAGGAAGAAAUCCCUCUUAUUGGCCUCACUCCAGCUGUCCAGGAAGAUGAAUGUAGAGAACAGGCAGAAAUUGAACAAAAUGGCUCCCCAAAGUACUUUGCUCAAUCCAGUACAAUACUUACUAUGGAAAAUAAGAUGGAUCACCCCAAAGAAAAAAAUGAUGUUAAUUCAAAUUCAAUCCCUGUUAAGACAAACCCCAACCUGACCUCUCUUAGUAAAUCUAAAAUACACAAUGUGAGGCCUCUUUUAACAUCGAUUGAGGUUGACUUGCCCACAGAUAUCCAUGAAAGAUUAUUGGAUACAGCAACUAACUCAUUGGUAACAGAGUCGUCUGAAAACCACAGAGACUUCAGCACUAGUGGGGAGAUAAUAUCUUUCCAAAUUGGAAGCAAACAUGAUCUCACUAAAGGUGAUCAGAAUUGCACACAAAAAACUUCAACAUGUGCAAUGCCACUUCCAGAGAUGCAUUCUAGUUCUGCUAGCUACUCUAUGGAACAUACCAUGCCGGGUAAAAACUCACUUAUAAAUACCCCCAACGAAAAGGUAUUUAGUUUUCAUAAUUAUUCAAAAGAAUCAUCAGACAUUUCACCUCAUUCACCUAACUUUGACAGUUGGACUGAAAUUCCAACAGAAUCGUUUGCUCAUGAAUCCUCUCAGGUGAGUUUACAAUUGGCACAAACUCCAAAAUCAUCUAGCAAAUCUGGACAUGGGAGUAAUGCAAAUCCAGGGACUAAUGGGCCUCCCCAUCAUGGGUUAAAUGAAUCAAUGCCAGAGAUUGACACUGACCAUGGCCAGGGCAAAAUGUAUGCUGAAGAACAAACUACUGAAGAGACACCCGAGUCAAUUUUUCAAGACUUUAAUAUCAUCAAAGUUGAAGAGGAUUAUAUACCUGUGUCUAAUCCUCAACAAGAAAGCAACAGUUUGGGCCACCCGUGCCAUGAUAAAAGCAUUCUGAUAGUGAAACAACAUUCUGAUGCAAUCAUUAACCACCAGCUUAAUAAAGAGAAGAAUAAAGAAAGGCUAGGAACUUGUCCUGAUAGCAUUGAAUCUGGAAAGCAAGCAAAAACAACGCUACGCUUUUUUCAGAUCCCAGAGGGUAAGCAGCAAAUGCUAUUGCAAACUGCAGAAAACAAAUAUGCUAUCCCAGUGCCACUCAAGGGGAACAGAAGUUUCAAACUGAUAACUAAGUCAAAUAGUCCUCGGAUCAAUGUAUCUUACAUGAAGCCAGGUUUUGAAUUCUCAAGUAACCCUACUGGGUUGGUUCCUGCCAAAACUGGCAGAGAGGUAGGAAUGGAAAAACCCCUCUUGAGGACUAGUAAAACAGGGAUUACAUCUGUUUCUGCGGUGCCGCCAAACGUAGGCACAAUCUCAAACCAUUACCUUCUCAACAGUACAGGAUUUAAUGGACCUGUUCUUGUUUCUAAAACAGGACACGGUACACCAGUGGACAGGCCGUCUGCUGGGAAAACACAACAGACAUGCUAUUUGGUAAAAAGGUCACUUCAAGUUGCGAAGCCCCCAAAUAAUGUUGGUUUCACGUUGGCCAGCUCACAGGUACCGCUUUCUUCGUGUCAAAUGCUGGCAAUGCCACUGAACCCUGCAAUAAAAUCCAACAUUUUGCCAGACGGGCGUCAAGCUUACCUGGUAAGGUAUGUCUCACAAGCAAAGUCUGGCAAAAUUUCGAGUAAUCUUGAAAGCCAGACUUUGACUCAGGCAAAGAAAAAUGGUGAAAGCACUGGAUCCAAAGUCUUGUAUAGGAUUGUCACACCUACCAGUGGGCUAUUUGCAGGCAUUGUACCAACUGCCAAUGAGGAGCCUUUAUUUCUUGCUCCUCGUUCACAGAGUGAUCAGUCAAAAAAAAACAAUGAUAUGGCUUUCACUUGUGUGAAAAGUAUUUUCCCUGUACAGAGACUAUCAGCAGAACAUGAUUUUGUGUCUGGUAUUUUUCAGUCCCAAUCAAAUUUAGAAAAUCCAUGGCCAAUUCGGCCACCAAGCCAAAGGAAAAGACGGAGGAAGGCACUUUUUGACGAGCUUCCAAUGCAUAAAGCUAGAAGACUUGCAAACAAAACACUGACUACAGAAGUAUGUCAUCCUCUAUCCAAAGACAUUGAGAGAAAACUGAGACUCUACCCUUUCAGUUCACUACAGCAGAUCAAGUGCCCUCGCAGACAUCAACCUGUUGUUGUGCUUAACCAUCCAGAUGCUGAUAUUCCUGAAGUGGCUAGCAUCAUGAAGUCAGUUAAUCGAUACAGAGGAGCCGUCACUAAAGUCUCACUUUCUCAUCAAACUGUAGAGGCUCUAUCUGUACACAACCAAAUGGGGUUAACAGGGAAAAAGCCAAUUGCCAAAUGUCUGCCCCCUGCAAGCAAUGGCUCUAGAUUGCAACUGGAUCGGAGUUCUGUUCGUGAACGAUUUCUUCUGAAACUGAAGUUGAAGAAAAAAGGAAGGAGAAAGUAUGAAGUCGUGAAGACUUUAUCAAGCUGUGGUGGGAAGCCCAUUUUUGACUGUUGGUUUUGUGGCCGGCUUUUCCACAGCCAAGAGGACUGGAUUGGUCAUGGUCAGAGGCAUCUUAUGGAGGCUACGAGAGACUGGAACAAAUUAUUCUGAAUGUGUUCCUACAUUUUCUCGUUUGAAAAAUAUUUGUAUACUUUUAAAUAACUUUCCAUUAUGCUUCUAUUCUUGCAAUUUCUUGCCCUAUAAAUAACUACUAUGAAUCUUUUUACAUCUAUACUGGUAACUUAUAUUGUUUUUAAUCAGACAUGUAUAACUAUACAACUGUGAAAACUAUACUGUAAUACAACUUUUUUUUAUCAAACCAGCAGUUCAUUUGAAAAUAGUUUUGAUUUAGUUUGUACUUAUGUAAAUAAAAGGGGUUUAGAAAUUAAA